AUGUACGUGAUUGAUCGGCUGCUGGAGAAAUCUCUCGAACAUAGGCAGCAAAUCGAUCUUGAGGUACCCCAAUCACCACUUCACGAUCACCAUCAAUCGCUAGUUGAUAUGCCGCUUGCCCUGCUGAAAUCACUUGCCCAGUUUCAAUAUUACGUUGGUCGUCGACAAAGUGAGUGCGAUGAAAACUCACCAUCACCCAAUGUGCUGGAUCAUUUAUUUAGCAAAUUCAAAGAUCAGCAAAUUUCAGCAGAAACGCUCUAUAAACAAAUUUGUGAAUUAAAAAUUGAAUUGGUUCUCACAGCGCAUCCAACCGAACAAAAACUGACACCUAAGCAACGUGCAGAUGUGUUAACCGAUUUAAAACAACUGAUCUGUUCUGCAUGGCAAACUGACGAAAUCCGUCAGCAUCGCCCAACCCCGAUAGAUGAAGCAAAAUGGGGCUUUACCACGAUUGAACAGACUUUGUGGAAUGCGGUUCCAAAAUUCAUCCGUGAAUUGGAUGACCUCGUUCAGGACAAUUGUGCAAAGAAGUUUUGUGGUUGUCACGCUGGAAAGCGGCUGACCUUUAUGUGCGUGAUAUUGAAGAUCUUCGUUGGGAACUCUCGAUUGAAGCCUAUUCCAAUGAGCUACUUCAAGCUUUGGGUUAUAGCCAUCCUGAACCUUACCGUGAAUAUUUGCGCGCGACCCGUGAACGCCUCAAAGCAACCCGCCAAUGGUAGUCUGAUUGAAAACCCUGAUGUUCAAGAAGUCUUUGCAACCAUGCGUACUUUGGCUGAACAACCCAAAGAAAGCUUAGGUGCUUAUAUCAUUUCAAUGGCGGAAUAUCCAAGUGAUGUUUUGGCGGUAUUGUUACUGCAAAAAGAAGCGGGAAUUGAACAUCCAUUACGCGUUGUUCCUUUAUUUGAAACCUUGAAAGACUUGGAUGGUGCUGCAAGUACCAUGAGUACACUGUUCAAUAUGCACUGGUAUAAACAGCAUAUCCAAGCUAAGCACGAAGUCAUGAUUGGCUAUUCGGAUUCUGCCAAAGAUGCUGGCUUUAUGUCCGCAAACUGGGCCCAGUAUCGUGCGCAAGAAGAGCUGACGGCAAUUGCCAAACAACAUGGCGUUCAACUGACCUUCAUGACGGAUUUAUCUGUUCAGGUGUAUCGUCAGACUGUGCGUGAAAACCCUCAUUUUGUUAAAUAUUUACGCACCGUCACCCCUGAGCUUGAGUUACAAAUGUUGCCGCUUGGUUCACGCCCUGCGAAGCGUAAAGUCAGUGGUGGGAUCGAAUCUUUACGUGCCAUUCCUUGGGUUUUUGCCUGGACCCAAAUUCGUUUAAUGCUGCCUGCUUGGCUGGGUACUGGCGCAGCGAUCAACCAAGUGAUUGAUCAAGGUCAAAAAGCGGUAUUGGAUGAAAUGUUAACGGAAUGGCCUUAUUUCCAAACAUUAAUUGAUAUGUUGGAAAUGGUCCUCUCUAAAGCCGACUCAAAUAUUGCACUGUAUUAUGAAUCUCAUCUUACCGAUGAUGAAGACUUAAAAGUACUUGGUGCUGAAUUACGUCAACGCUUGCAUGAUGCAGUACAAACCCUGUUGGCGAUGAAAGGUGAAUCGCAACUGUUAAGUUCCAAUGAUGUGCUUGAUCAAGCCAUGAAAGUACGGACACUGGAUCAGCAUGGACGAACUCAAAGACUAAGCUCGGACCAUAAUGAUGACUACGAUAUUCUCAUUGGUACAGAAGAAGAUUGGACCGUGUCUGUAGAUGAUGGUCUUGACGAUGAGGACGCGUUUGAAUACCUAUGCCGUUCACAUGACCAGCAUGAUCAAGAGUCCAUCAACUUUGGGUGGGGUCUUCUCUUAUAUCUGAUCAUGUUACUCCUGCCAGUGGUGAAUCUGUUUGGUUUAAGCGACCUAUAG